AUGAUUCCAGCAUCAAAGACAAUGAAGGAAACUGGGAGGGGGAAAAAAAAUCAGUGAAGCGUGUAGUGUAGGAUGUGUAUGAUGAUCAUAAAAAUCUGGCAGUUGGAUGGAUGCAGAGAAGACAUGCUUGUCAUCACAGAGAUCCAGGCUUGGACUCCUGGAACACCUCUGAGCUCUCAUCCAUGAUGCUGGAGUAGCAACAGCCACUGGUUGAUCAGGGCACCUGCAUCAGGAGUGGGUGACAAAAAGCAGCAGUGACACCGAGUUCUGCACAACAUAAUGGUGCAGAGGAGGAGAGACGGUGUGACACCAGACAUGCCGUCUGCUGCAGAGAGGGAGCAGGUGUUCGCCGGCGUUGGAGGCAAACCGUACUAAGAGCCAGCGAGGUGACAGAGAGAGCCCACAGGCCAGCACACAGUAGUGAGGCUACUACACCACAUGGGCUGGGUGUGUUCUGUGAUCCAUGGCCUGACCCGUCCUCAAGCUUGGCUGUGAAGAAGCUGGUCUGUUCUAAAAUGUGAUGAAAAAGGAGGGAAGUAAGAGAGACAGGAUACAAGACUGAUGAGUUGAAAUUUAUUAAAGAUUUAACAUGAAGUGACACAAUUAAAGAGCUUUCCAAACAGUUUUGUUUUUUGUUUGAAGGAAAGUCUAUUUAGAGAUAUUUCACACAAAAUGAUUGGCACCUUCACCCUUUAAAUAUGGUACUUCACCCUUUGGAAAAAUAACUGGUAUCAAUCGCUUCCUGUCAUCAUCAGUGAGUUUUGGAGUUUACAACUGCUCCAGAUCUUUCAGAUUUGAUAGGUUCCUUCUCCCAAACCCUGUUCUACGAUCUCUCCACAGACGCUCUGUGGGAUUGAGAUCUGGACUCAUUGCUGGCCACUUGUGUUUUUUGAAGUAUUCUUUGGGUUACUGUCCUGCUGUAAGACCCAUGACCUCGGACGGAUUGAGCACUGGGCCCUAGAUUGCACCCCGGAAUUGUUUGGUAGCCUUUAGAUUUCAUAAUGUCAUGCAUGCAAGACAUCCAGUGCCUGAAGGAGCCCUCAAAAUAUCAAUGAACCUCCACCAUGUUUGACUGUGUUUUUUUUCUUUGAACGCAGCAGACCCCUCUGCUGACACACAAACAUAAAAAAGCCAGAUUGGAGUUUGCCAAAACUUACCUCCUUGUGGGAGGAUGUCCUGUGGACAGAGGAGUCUAAAGAUGAGCUUUUUGGUGAAAUCCAUCAUUCUGUCUUCAAACAAUGAAAUGAAACCUUUAAAGAAAAGUUCAUGGUGAGAGUUGUAUCUCUGUCAUUGUUUCCCUGAUGCAGCAGUUUCUGUUUUUGCAGAUCAUAUUUCUUGUGAUUUAUUUAUUUAUUUUUUUGCAUCAUACUCAUACAUGAAUUCUGUCCUGGAUCAUAACGAGCUGUGUUGACUCAUAAUGUUCACUGUCAUAAAGUUAUAGAAAUUUGAGCCUGUGUAUCAUCAGGUUUGUGACUGCUGUUAGAGAAGUCAUAACAUAAGCAUCUGUUGUUCUCUGGAUUGAAAGAUGUUGAAGACGGAGGUAAUGUAGGUCACCAUGCUGAGCUGCAGUGUCCACAUGAUCUGUGUUAGAUUAGCUACAGGUACACUUUAGACUGGAUCUUCACACAGUGUAAGGACUUGAUUUAGAUUCCCAUCACUUCUUUUAGAGUCGGAUGGUUACACGCUGAACACACAGUAUGUGAACCUGAACAUGUCAGACUGUCACACACACACACAGUAUUCUGUGAUCGUUAAUUUAUUCUAAAAAAUAAAAUGAUUUCAACAUACUUUGUGAAACAUGAACAUUAUUUACAGGUUCUACAUUUGAACACACUGUGUGUUAAGCAUGUAUUAUCAUGAUUGUACAAACUAAAACUGGUCCAACCAACUUGUCAUUGGACCACGCCACCUCUGUCAGGCCCUCCAGGUGAUGAUGUCACUACAUCACCGUCCAAUCAGAGUGCAGACUGAUGCAGAGCUCUGAUCUCGUGCUGUCCACCAAACUUCAUCACAGACUGAUCGGAGCCACGUCACAGACCUCGCUGCCCUCCAUGACUCCUCCUAUGGAUGACUAUGUUGAUCUCUGCUGUUCGUUUGGACUUCCUGUGUGGAUAGCAUCACUGCUCCACGUGGCCAAACGUCUGAGGAGUGACUGUGCCCGUCGUAAGAAGGUCUACAGGCUUCUGCACAGGAAACUGAUGUUUCACAGGGUUGGUGUGAAGGAGGGGAACUUGUUUCAGCCCACCUAUGUUUACCCUGAAGAGGUGAAAAUGUUGGUACGUUCUGUCUUCUCUCAGAACAUUUUGGACUACCCUGACCCAUGCCAUGAUCAGGUCAUGCAUGUCACUAUCGAGGAUCUGCACAAACUUGAAAUCAACUAAGUGUAAAGUCUAAAUGUAAAGUCUUCAUCUGUUCCUGCACUGAUAAUGUCCUGUAACAGUUCUCUUAUGUGGGGGGAUUAUUUAAAGGCAGUUUGGGGUUUAUGUAAGAUAUUUGUCUUUAUCUUCUUUGACCUGGUGCAGUGUCACUCAACAUGAUGAGGACUGUAAAAUCCAUCAUGUAUUGUUCUGUAUGACACUGUAUGCAGUGAGUGUUGUGUUUUAUCUGCUGUGGCUUUCAGGGUUGAGCCAGUCGAUCACUGUUCUGUGUGUUCUGUGGACAAAAAAGUAGUUCACCUUCUGUUUCUAACAGGCUCUUCCCUGAUGCAUGUCCAUCUUGCAUGUAUCUGUUGAUAAUACCAUCCUGAUCCAACACAAUGACACAUGAUGACACUUGAGUGGAUGCAACAUGUGACAGCAGUGUGUGUGGUCAUGUACUGAAACUGUUACUAUGCAAAUGAUUUCAUCUUUGAAUAAAAGCUGACUGUUUAAGAGUCUCAGUAGAGGAAGUGGAUUGUUUUGUUUCUAUAACAAAAUAAAUAUA